AUGGAUUCACAGAUUCGUGGUCAAGAGCGGCCAAAAACCUACACCAAACCACCAGAAAGCAGAAUCGUCCCAGCUGAUAUUGUGAAUCCCAAAUUCGAGGAUCUCGUCGACUUGGCCCUCCUCAGAGUCUUCGAUUCAGCGUCGCUAUUAGAAAGUCGACCUCCGAAGUUGUUUCCGACCGCCGAGACAGUGUUCGCAAAAUACUACGCCCACGAUGACUGGCUCGUGCACGGAGAUCUGGAAAGCGAGAUGGGAAGAAUGAACUACAUGCUCUCGAAAUUGCCUGAGCGAGGCAUGCCAAGCGAAUGCAUCGCCCCUGUCCGAUCUAUCUUGUCCUCAGCCUCAGUAUUGACUGCUUGGCGACGGACGUUUCCUUGGCUCGAAAGAAUCAUCAAGCAAGAAACGCGACGCGUCACAAGUCUGAUGCAGAAACAACAAGGAUCGCCCACUGCGCCUUGCCAGAAGUCGAGGUUCAUUGCCGUCCCAGUCGACUAUGGGACGGAUCGUGCUGCCUCCAGUCAAGCUUUGCAGCUCUGGGAAGGCGCUUUGAGGGAGAUUGUCAUUGGGAUUUCCGAGGGUCACUUCGAGCACGUCAGGACCUUCUUGCAAAUCUUCACUUUCCUCAAAGAUCCGCUGGGGUGCUUGGAAAGCGUCUCCAGCAAAGCGGUAGACAUUUUUACCUAUAUGAUGACUACUCUAGCCAGCUCGAGGAGCCACAUGCCCGGCACUGUGUUGAAGAAACUGCGGUGGCACGCGGCAGCGGCACAAGCAGCACAAGAGGCCUUGUUCCUCUCCUGUCCAUUAUUGGAGUCCGUCAACUACAUCCAUUUCACUGGCCACCAACAACUGCCCUAUGGCGAUGUGCCACUAGACGAUUUACCGCGAUCGGAAUUUUCCAUUCCAGGACAUGUCCUCCGCAUCAUCGAAGAGAUGCUCACUAGGGCCCCUCGCAAAACGGGGGCUACUGUUCCAUCGCCCCGAUCACAGUGUCAUCCUACCCAUCCCUUCCAAUAG